AUGGAGCAGGAGCUUGUGUCGCCAACCUUCUCUGCUAACGGUGGAUGCACUGUCGGAGGACCAAAGCCCGCAGGAGAAAGCUGUGGCGACCCAACAUCCACUUCGUGCAAUGGCCCUGAUACUUGUGACGGAGCUGGAACAUGCCUGGACAACUUGGUGGCAGAUGGACAUGAAUGUGGAAAUCCCGAGGAUUCGUGCAACUUUGCCGACACGUUGGUGUAUGCAUGCCCAAAACCAAGCCAGAUGGAACCCGCUGCGGCCUUGCACCUCAGGAUGCCUGCGAUCUUCAAGAUGAUACUUCUUCCGCGGGAACUUGCUCGGACAAUGCGGUGGCAUCGGGUACUCUCUGUCGUGCCGCUGUUGAUUCAUUCGUGCGAUGUCGAUGAAAUGUGCGAUGGAAUCUCCAAGUCAUACCCCACCGACACUUUUGCACCUUCUGGAACGAGCUGUGGUUGCGGCGCCAUGAGUGAAUGCGACGAUCCCGACACCUGCGAUGGUUCCGGCCGUUGUCUCUUGAACCACAAGCCCAAUGGCUCAUCCUGUGGCUACGCAGGUGACCAAUGCACAAAUGCUGACCGGUCACUCAUGCUCUUCUGGAUCCUGUAG